GAGGGAGCGAAGUGCGUGUGCGGGAGAGAGAGAGAGGGAGAGAGAGGCAGAGAGCGGGCGAGGAAGGCGCGCGAGUGUCUGUGUGUGUGCGCGCGCGCGUGUGCGUGUGUGGAGGAGAAGGCGAAGGCGGCGGCGGAGAGCCGGGCGGGCGGAAGGCAGGCUGGGCCUGACGGCGGCAGAAGGAACCCGAGGAAGGAGAAGAUGGCGGAUGGCGACAGCGGGAGCGAGCGAGGGGGCAGCGGGAGCGGCAGUGGCGGCGGCGGCGGCGGAGGAGGCGGCGGCGGCGGGGGCGGCUUCCAGGGACACCGCGGCGGCGGCGGGGGCGGCGGGGCCCCCGGCCCGGAGCAGGAGACGCAGGAGCUGGCCUCGAAGCGGCUGGACAUCCAGAACAAGCGCUUCUACCUGGACGUGAAGCAGAACGCCAAGGGCCGCUUCCUGAAGAUCGCGGAGGUGGGCGCGGGGGGCUCCAAGAGCCGCCUCACGCUCUCCAUGGCGGUGGCCGCCGAGUUCCGGGACUACCUGGGCGACUUCAUCGAGCACUACGCGCAGCUGGGGCCCAGCAGCCCCGAGCAGCUGGCCCAGGCCUCGCCCGGCGGGGAGGACGGCGGGGGCGGCGCGGGGCCCCGGCGGGCCCUCAAGAGCGAGUUCCUGGUGCGCGAGAACCGCAAGUACUACCUGGACCUGAAGGAGAACCAGCGCGGCCGCUUCCUGCGCAUCCGCCAGACCAUCAACCGCGGGCCGGGCGGCGGCGGGGGCGGCGGCGGCGGAGGGCCGGGCUUCCCGGGGGGCCCGCCGGGCCUGCAGAGCGGCCAGACCAUCGCGCUGCCGGCGCAGGGCCUGAUCGAGUUCCGCGACGCGCUGGCCAAGCUGAUCGACGACUACGGCGCCGACGAGGACGAGCUGGGCGGCGGCGGCGGCGGCGGGGGGGCCCGGGGCGGGGGCGGCCUGUACGGCGAGCUCCCCGAAGGCACCUCCAUCACGGUGGACUCGAAGCGCUUCUUCUUCGACGUGGGCUGCAACAAGUACGGCGUCUUCCUGCGCGUCAGCGAGGUGAAGCCUUCCUACCGCAACGCCAUCACGGUGCCCUACAAGGCCUGGGCCAAGUUCGGCGGCGCCUUCUGCCGCUACGCCGACGAGAUGCGAGACAUCCAGGAGCGCCAGCGGGACAAGCUGUACGACCGACGGGCCGGGCCGGCCGGGCCGGGGAGCGGCAGCGGAGCCGGCGACGAUUCCGACGGAGACGAUGUAGACGACGACUGAGCCUCUCUCUCCCCCCCCCCGCCCUCCUCCUCCUCCUCCCCCGGGCCGCCUCCUCCCCGUCGCCCCCUUGCUUCUGACAACCCCCUUCUCCUCGCCAUGGAGUAGGGGACUGGGUGGAGCAGGGAAGGAAACCCGGCCCCAAGCUUCCUCCCCACCUCACACGCAUCCUUCUGUCAUGGGAGAGAGGGAGCUUCGAGAUGACCUGCAUACACCCCUGACCUGCACCACUUCUGGAGCACCCUCCUGAUCUCUAUCUCUGUGACCCUUUUAUUUUUCCCAGGGAUACAGCAUCUGUUGGGCCUCACCGACAUCAUUGCCUCCCCUGCAGAGAGGAAUCUUUGUGGCCUCAGUUAACCUCAACCUUAGCCCAUGGCGGAGAGAAGGGGAUCUCUGCCAUCUAAAUCUGUCCUGCCUUCCAAGGCUCCUCCUCUACCGAAUGGCUGAGAUGUUUUAUUUGGGAGGAAGGGAGGGAGAAUUGUUACUUGGGUCUUGACUCUCUCUUUCACUUCCACCCAGACCCUUCACUCUUGCAUUUCUGAGGUGGUGCCCCUCUACUCUUGAAACCAGCAUUCUGGAGAAUAAAAGGCCACUGAGCAUUGUUUGAAGGAGGGGAGAAGCUACCACCGCUGUCCAAAUCAGUGGGGGCAUGGGGCUUAUUUUGAGGGGGGUGCAGAUCCCGAUGGGGAAAGUCAUAGAGAUCAAUCAUGGAUUUAGACCAGCAGAAAAUGGGGAUUUAAAUGGGUCGGGGAAGGGGACAUAGCAGGUGGGCAGGGGAAAGAAGCAACCAACUCAAAAUACCUUUUCAGAAAGGUAAUUGGGUGGGGGGAGCCUGUAUCUGGACCAAUGUCCAUUGUUGUCUUCCCCCCCCCCCUUUGCAGAAUUGUUUGUUUUAUUUUGGGGGUGCAAAUUGCUAAGCUCCAGGUGCCUGAACUGGAAUUGAUAAGUGAAUUACUUUAAAGCUGGCAGGUUCUAAAGAUCUUAAAUUGUAUUUCAUUUUUCUUUUUUUAAUGGGGGUUGCAAACAGGUAGAUUAAAGAAAAACAGGCAUAAAGCACAAGGCAUGCAGAGUGGACUGGUCGCUGCUCGCUAAAGUUCUUCCCCUUCUCUCCAAAUAAGGUGAAAGCAAAUGGCUUUAAUAGGAGGCGGAAACUGGAGCUGUCUUUCUGCUGACUUCAAAAGAUGAUCUGGUCAAAGAAGUGAAAUCUGUAGCUGGGUUUUUAAAAAGCAAAAUCUUGAAAUUGUAAUUUGGCAAAGGAACUGUGUGGCUGCAGGUCUGUGAAAAGAACCAUGUAGGAAAACGGAAGGCUUCUUUCAUCGUGCAAACUAGUGGACAUGAACACAGACACCAAGAACCUCAGGUCCAGAAGUCCAGCAUCAGUUAUUCUUUUAACAAGAUUUUUUUUUAACAAAAAGAGAACUAUCCAUUUUCUCAGUACCUCACAUUAUGUUAACAGCAGAGUUGGCAAGAGUGAAUUGAUGGGAUGGAUUGUUCAGAGCAAUGCAUGUCCAGUUGGAGCUUGAUAUCCAUCACUAAAAAGGAGCAGAAACAACCCCACAAAAGAUCUGUGACUGAACGUUCCCUAGCAGCGUUUUACCAUCUUCACAUUUUAUUAUAGACUGGCUACUGCCAAUUUAUCCAGCUGUCCUUUCCAAACAAAGUUGGGUGUCUCCACCCAAAUAAUUGCCUCAUCUAUAUUUUGAAUGGAUUCUUAAUCUAAAAUGAUAUUUUUUUAAAACAAAUGAAGUCAGACCUAUUCCCUCCAAAAGUGUUUUUAGAUACAUUCUAUACUGGCAACUUUGAAUUGAAUGGAAGUGUACUGUUCACUACAAAGUUUCAGGUAUUAUUUGUGCAACAUCUUAAGAGAGGCAGGUAAACCUUCCUCUACAAUCUUUUUUAAGUGUGCAUGCCUGUCCUUUAUUUGAGCUGCCUUUUUAAUUUAUUGCAUACCCUUAUUACCUUAUUUUGGUAUUACUCUUAUCUAUACUAUCUUUGUUUUGUAUUUAUUAGAAAGCAAGGAGACAUAAAAGGCAUUUCUUCACACGGUUGUCACUGUAGUGGGGAAAUUUGCAAGAAUUUUCUUUUAAAAAAUUAAUUGGUUUUACUAUAGCUAUUAUAAAGAUCUGCAAAUGAUGUCAGAAUAGUUUACCACAAGAUGUUCAGCCACACAUAUAAUUGUUUAUUUUCAAAGAUAUUUCUUUAUUCCCAGUGUCCACAGUAGAUAUUUUUAUUGUAUUUUUGAAGAAAUAUUUCUUUCCAUUUUUCUCCGUCGCAAAGAACUUGUUUCCUGAAUUGUAAUGGGAGCAAUAGUAUUUCUUGAUGUUUUAAUUACAUCUGUAUACUCGUACUGUAUUUUGUACUCUCCAAGGCAGCUGUUUUCAAUAAUGUCCUGCUGUAUCUACCUAUGUAUUUUUGUUCAAAUGUAUGUAGUUCUUUGCUCCGGAGAACAACUUUCACCAACAAAAGUUUCAGCAGGUUAACUGGGAUACCACAGCCCUCUAGGAUUGCAGAAAACUCUACUUAACUAAUUAGAGCUCUAGGCAGCAAUGAAAAUUGAGGCUGCAGAUGCUUGGUGUAUAUUGCUGUAACUCUUCACUCAUUUUAAACCAAUGUACAAUACUUGUAUAGACCAACAAUGUUUUGUUGCUUCAGUGGUAAUUGGGUUUUUUUUCCCUUUUGUUGCUCAGCUGCUGUGAGCCAAUUAAAAUGCAGUACCUCUCCUUUUCAGGAGAAUUUUUUUUUUUUUUGGCUGAAUUGCAGUAACUCGUCUUACCUUUGUAUUGCGUGGUAGUGACAGGGUUUGACUGUCCCUGGCCAGUGGCUACAUAUGCUAUAAUUAGCUGUCUAGGAAGUAUGUGGAAGUAGACAGAAGCAUAUAUCAGUUGUAUGCCAAGAAUGCUGCCAUAUAUGGUGUUGUUUUGGCAACCAGAAAAAAAUCUUCUGUAGUCAUUAGACCACUUAAAGCAUUGUAUAUUGGGUACACAGACUGACACAUGACCCUCCAAGGUAUAUAGGUGGUGACAAUGCAGUGUGUCAGUAGGAGAGUCUCAGUGAAAAUACUGGGCAUGCUUGUGUCCAGCUUAAGUAUAAGUGGUAAGAUUUUAAAUGUUUUGAGUAAUACUGAGGUUAUCUCACCAUAGCAGGUUAACGGCCAAGCCUCAUGCUAUAGGAAAAUUAGUCUGGUGGCACAAGCCCUUGUUAGGUGCAGGGGUUUACGGAGGAAAAUCCAUAGAACUCUGAGAGUGGGGGAAGGGGGCUUGCCUGGCAUCUGUAGAGCUUUGAACCUCUCCUCCCUGUUGUAAAAUUUGGGACUUCUGUGAUUAAAAUAGUGGAGAUUGCAAAUACUGUAUUGUUUAAGGGUCACUUGGAAGCAUUGAUUGGCCUCUAGUGAAAGAUGAAUCCUAUUUGGUGUAGGGAUAACUGUUAGAAAUCUCACCACCCCCCUUGCACACAUGUGUGCACUUUGUACAAACUGCGCCUUUAAAAGAAAAAUCACACUGCUCUCUAAGCCUAGUAGUUUUGUCUCAACAAUUGGUCUCUGCAAAUUCUAAGUAGGCAGACUUGUCCCUGUUCAGAGUCGCUUCUGUUCAUGUGAUAGGGAUAUUCAGCCAUGUUGGAAAAAAUGUACUGCCUGGAUUACAUCUCGGAUGAAUGAUCUUGUUAUUCCUGUUUAUAUUCUUGUGCUUAAAUGUCAAUUUGGGUAAAGGCUUCCCCAUUCUUGGUGCUGCAGUUAAAUUGUAUCUUUGAAUUUUUCUGCAGCAACAUUGACAGUACCUCAGUGCAGUUUACAAGCUGCCGUCUGGCAUAUCUGUGCUUAAAAUAGCGGAAUUCCAUAAACUUACUGGAGUUUAGCUGCCACACGUUCAGGUAUGUUGAGUUAUGUGGCUUGUGGAUCACACUGUUGUCUUAAAAAUGUCAGUUCUGUGUGAGGGGGAAAUGGGCAAACCUCCCUGUGGAGUUCUGCAUAUCCAACAUUUCUAGACUUCUACUGUCCUUGGAGUGAUGCAUCUGCUGUACAAAACAAAAUGUAAAUCUUGUAUAGCACCAAAAAUUGUAAAUAUUUGAGGCAUACAGGUAUAAA